AUGUAUCUUAAAGAAACGGACGUGAUUGAACCUCCCGAAGGCGGUUGGCCAAAUCUUAGUGCCAACCUACAAUCAUUAAGUAAGACAGACGAAGUUAUCUCGCUACUCUAUCACCUACCAUAUAUCCGCAAGCCCUCUGAUGACAGGGAUAAGGCUCACGGUGCUCCUGGAUGUUAUCUUGCAGACUGGCAGAAAUUGGGCAGCUCCGUUAGCAAUGGCGGGACUACGAGAGAGAUCCUUAAGCUCGUAUCGGAGGGUUCUUCCAUACACGAGGAAAUGCCUCCUCCUCAUGUCAUCAGCCUCACAGCCGGUGGACGAUACAAUCCUGUUUUCCUACUAGAUAUAAAACUCGGUGUUGUACAUUGGUACGAGUGCCCCAGUGAGAUCAGGUACGAACCGUCGCGAGAGCCGAUCGAGGAUGACCCGUAUGAUUAUGCACCUGAGAAAGAGGCGGAAUGGCGUGCCGAAGAUAGUAGUAGGGACCUAAUCAUCCCUCGCUGGAGAUUGUACUUAUCACUGCGCGGUUCGAGUCUCGAAGCUAUCCCGCAGACCCGCUUUGAAGGAGACGGUCAAGUAAGAUUCGAACUCGAGCUCCUGUCCGAGAUCCGGAACAUGAAAGCAACUAUUGCGCACGACAAAGUGUAUUCUCUAUACUCGGUAUUCCAGGCCAUGGGAAUCAACUUGCCGAGCCCCGACUACGGGAAGGACGCAGUAAAGGUUUUCGAAGAAGCAACGCUGGCUUAUAUCAGAAGCCGUCAAAAUCUCAACGUUAUCGCAAUUACACUGCCUCCAGACCCAAGCUCCGGAUCUCCUUCUUGGGUCCCCGAUUGGUUGACCCCGGGACGCAAUGGGUCGGCGUUGAUUUGGAAAAUAACGGACUUCGAUGCACAGUAUCAUUCCACUACUCCUAUACUCACGGAUAACACCCGGGGCGGCAAAUUAGGCGUAAUGGGGAAGGUUAUUGGGAAAAUAAAUAAGAGAAUUCGCUGUCCUCUCGUUUUGGACCAAGCACUCAGUCAUAUCCAGGCAUAUCAGGAGGUUAUUUCGGCUUGCCUCGACUGGCGCCAUUCAAUCAGUAGUCUUACUAGAUAUUCACCGGGGAAAGACCCGAAGCUCGUCGGGCAGGCGCUACUUCGCCCUUAUCACGCCAACGUACCCAACAGCAAACUAGGCACUUUAUACCGCUGGGCUUUGCAUGGUGAUGGCACAUCGCCUCCAGAGGAUGAAACUACUCUUGAGGCUAUCACGGAGAAGCGCAAGCUUCGAGAAAACUGGGUAAUCUUCACCCUUGACACAGGCUACUGCGGUACAGCGCACCAUAAUUGCCAAGCCGGAGAUGAUAUAGUUCUUCUCAAAUCGCUCAAUCCACUCGUUCUUCGACCCCAGUCGAAGUCUCACGAGUUCAGAAUUGUAGCCCCCGCUUAUUGUGAAGGAGCGAUGAAUGGUGAUAUGAAUUCGCACAAUGAUGAGUUAGAAGAGAUUAUACUUGUCUAA